UUUCAGUUUUCAAAUGAAGGGAGGCUUGGGGAAUAAAACAUAUAAAUACUGAACCCAAACGCCAGUAAAGACAAGUCAGUUGAACCAGUCGCUUCAUCAUGAUUGCUUCAGUUGUUGUUCUCUCCGCCUUCGUGGCCGUCGCCUCCUCCCAGUACUACCAGUACGCCUACCACCCGGCGGCGGCAUGGUCCUCCAUCCCCGCUCACUCUCCCAUCACAGGACAACCUUUGGACACUCCCGAGGUGGCCGUCGCUAAGGCCAGACACGCCGUCCAAUGGCACGCUGAAGCAUCACGCACCGCCCCUGUCGCCGUUGCUCCCCCCGUUGUUGCCCCUGUCGCCGUUGCUCCCCCCGUUGUUGCCCCCGCCGCCGUCUACCUGAGGAAACGCCGUGAAGCCCCCGCCAACGAGGCCCCAGAGGCUCAGACCACAGAAACCAACAACAAGGACAAGAGACAAAUUCUGACAUACUCUCCAUUAGCCUACUCCCCCUACUCCGCUUACCCCUACGCCGCCUUCUCUUACGCAGCCUACCCUUACGCCAGCUCCCCCUACCUGUUCAGGAAACGCAGGGACGUAAGCACCGAAACCGAAGAGACCAAGGCCCCAGAAUCAAAGAACCAGAAGAGACAGAUCCUCACAUCCACCUGGGGAUACCCAUCAGCUUACGCCCCAGUAGCCUACUCCGCCUACUCCACCUACCCCUCUGCUCUCUCUUACUCCGCCUACCCCUACGCCUCCCCCAUCGCCUCUCCCUUCCUGUUCAGGAAACGCAGGGAUGUCAGCGGCACUGAAGAAGACCACUCUGAGGCUGAAUCUGACGAUGACAGAAAGAAGCGUCAGUUGCUUCUGACUGGAGCCUACCCCUACGCCGCCUACCCCUACAGCGCCUGGCCCUACAGAGCCUACUCUGCCGCCCCUAUUGCCUACUACGGUUAGUUCUCUCACCUCACCGAAACUCGUUCCUGCCCGAAACCGUAUUUUAAGACUUAGCUCAAACUUAGCAGAAUUCAAUUCCCCGUAAUAAGACUUGCCCGCACCUAAUUGAGUUUGUUCCUUUUUUUCCACAUUGUUCUCAAUGUUCUCACUCGCCAUUAUUGUUACAGUUUUUACUAAUAGUAGCUGAAAUAUACAAGAUAAUUGCAGCCCGAA